GUGGUUGUUCUGUGUCACCACAGUCCACACAUGUAUAAAUCUGUGCAUUCCUGGCUGCACUGAAGUGCAUACACUACAUAACUGCAUAUGCCUGGGUGUUUUGUCCUUAGGGUGGACAAGCUUCUGCCCCAGGGUUUGAAGUGUACAGGCACAAAUCAGGACUACCAUUACAGGCAAAGUGGGGCGGAGAUUUAGGACCCCGUCAUGCCUCCGGUAUAUUUGGUCAAAUAUUAGCUGGUUACAAAACCAGCAGGUGAACGGAGAGAUUACUUCAGACAAAAGUCACUCCAAAGAGGAGAUUGUUGUUCAAACUGAGAGAAGACAACAUGGACAGGACGGUCAGCCUUCCCAAUCAGCCCGACAAAACCACCACAGUGAUUCUGGUUGAGAGCAGCAACACCCCCAGUGGGCUGGAACUGGUCAGUUCCUACCAGACCAACAGAGUGGGAGACCCCAUGGACCUGGUAGCCCUGGCAUCCCAAGUGCAGAAGGGAGAUGAAUUCAUUAAAGCCAACGCCUCUAAUAAACUGACAGUCAUUGCUGACCAGAUCAGAUACUUACAGGAACAGGCGAGGAAGGUUUUAGAAGAUGCUAAAAGAGACAGUGACCUCCACCAUGCUGCCUGUAACAUUGUGAAGAAACCAGGCAACAUGUAUUACCUCUACCAGAGGCCAUCUGGACAGAAGUACUUCUCGAUCAUCUCUCCUAAGGAAUGGGGUUCAAGCUGCCCUCACACGUUUGUUGGUGCAUUCAAACUUCAACAUGACAUGUCCUGGACCCCCGUAGAUGAGGUGGAGAAGAGAGAUGCAGAGAUUGCCAUCAUGGACAAACUCCUGAGCCAGCAGACUGCCUUACCACCUUACACAGAACCAAACUUCAAAGGCCUCUCUGAGUAAAGCAUGGCUGAACUGGACUGCAGAAAGGUCGGGAGUUUUAAAAGGACACAUGCUGGACGCCAACUAUGGUCUUAAUGGACAUACAGUUGAUAAGACAAAAAUAAAGUAAUCCUAAUCCAGUGUGGAAAUUUGCAAAUCUAUACAUUGAUUGAAAUUGCGGAUAUCAAAGCGUUAGACAGUGUUUUGGUAACGUUCAUACACUGACUUAUGUGCACAGCCUAUUUCUACAACGUUUUGUUUGUACACACAUCAACAUCAUAACAAGGACAACAUCAGUUGCUUUUGCUGAAUGUAUACAGUUGCAUCUUUAGGGAUGGUCUUCUCAAACUCGGCUACACUUGGCACAAACCUGUGCAUGGACAUUUAUCAAAUGAAAUUUUUAAAUGUUUAAUAGCUUCUGUCAAAGCUAUUUCACCAAAGUUUAGUUGGAUCUUACCAUUCAUCACAAGGAUGAGAUAAGGGUUGCAAUGAGGGAUGAGAUGAGAUUUUCAUGGUAUGCUUAGUCUCAGAAAACAUCACGGUAUUACAGAAAUUACAUUAUUAUCAAUCAGAAUGACCCUUAGAGGAAUGAAAACAGAAGGGUUAUUUUUGGUUGAACAAAGGUUUUAUUACUAUAACUGACACUUGAAACAGUUUUGUUAAUGGAAGUUUGUGUAAAAAGUCUAUUGGCAGAAAUGGAAUAUAAUAUUCAUAAUAAUGUUGUCCUCUGUGUAUAAUGACUUAAAAUAAUAAGCGUGUUUUCAUAACCUUAGAAAGAACUGUUUAUAUCUACAUAUGGAGCGAGUCCUCUUCCACUGAAUCUGCAAUGUUGUUCUACAGUAGCCCAGAACGGACAAACCAAACACUCUAUUGGUUUACAUGUACAGUUAAAUUGAGCUACAGUUAUAGCUCAACUAAGCCAUUUAAUUGGAACACUGUCCUUGUCCCAGUAUACAAGCGCAGGAGGGGAACCGAUUUACAGUAUCAACUGAAGUAUGUCAGACUCCACUGCGAUAGGUGGCAAUAUGCCCCCUUUCAACUUGUUGGUAUUGGACCUUUUUUCAGUUGACCUAUUAUGUCACAGACCAAGCAAUCGACAUGUUAGCUAAGGUUAGCUGGCAGUAAACUGGUACCAUGGUGGACAACUUUGCAGCUCUGGAUGUAGAUUUCACCAUGUUGUUACCGGCUUCUUCUGUUAAACAUUUAAUGAUACUCGUCUUCUGGGUCAAAGUGGGAAAAUGUGGACAAUGCACAGAGCACCUAGGCCAGUUUGCAUCUAAUUGACUGUAAACAUGCAAUAGUAAUUCAACUCCUAAUCGCAUUAUCUGAGUGUGUUAGUCCGACUGAAAAAUUCGAUUUAGUACGAUUUCAGUCGGUCAAGUUUUAGGAGGACUAACACAAUAAAUCAAUUUUACCCAUCAUGUAAACAUAUUGAGUGGCUCUAUAUAAGACCAUUCACGUUUUAGUAUUGGCCACUGUAGUUUUCCUGCAUGCUUGGCACAUGAAGUCUCAGUUGGUUGCAAUCUGCAACCUCAACUUUAGAUGCCACUAAAUCCUACACACUAGACCAAAAAAAAAAAAAAAACAAACAAAA